AUGGGCAGGCCUAAUCGCUGUUGCUGCUGUUCACUCAAUGCAAAAUUAAGUACUCCACAAAAUAUCACAAUUUUCGGAGUGGAUUACAAGAAGCCUCUACUUUGCAACACACACCACAAAUAUAUUACUGAAUAUAUUAAAAACAAUUCAAUAGAUACAUCAUCACCUAUUACUCUCGCAAUUCAACGGCAACCAAAGGGAAUCAAAGACAUCAUUUCAAUUGUACCUAAAAACUUUGGCCAAUGUAAACACUCCGACGACAAGCGGUGUAGCAACUGUAAAAAGGGUAACAUGUUAUGUAAUGGUAUUCAUUUCGAGAAAGUGAGCCAUUUAUUAACAGUAUCGGGAAUCAUAUCACACAAUGGCCACAGCUUCGGAAGUGUGAACUUCAAUCAUCAUGGCGAAUUUUGUUUUUUUAGUGUAGAUUGCAAUAAUUGCAAUCUCAACAAAUAUGGAGUUUGUGAAAAAUGUUAUGAAUGCUAUGAAACAAAAUUACGCCAUUAUCAGCGAACAAUUGAAAACCAAAAUACCAAAACAGCUCACCUCGCUGCAAGAACACAAGAAUACAAAAAUGUCAUCAAAUCAUUGAAGGCAAAAAUCUCUCGACGAGAUACUACAAUUAAGAAUUUCGAAGAAUUAAUUGAAGAAAAAGAUCAAAAACAUUAUUUGAUAGAACUUCUCUCGAUUGCGCUAGAGGAAGGAAAAUUACAUGAAACCCAGUUCUUUUAUCAAUUAUUAGAAAAUACUUUGCAAAAUUUGGUUUCGUCGAAAAAUGUUAACGGUUUUCGAUACAAAGAGUGUAUCAUUCAUUGGUGUUUAUUACUUCGAUUUUAUGGUGGUUCUCGUUUGUGGAAUAUUUUGAAAGGAAAUUCUCUCGGUGAAACUAUAACAUCUGAAAACGCAUUAGAUAAGCUUAAUCUAUUACUUCCAUCUAUUUCAACAAUUAAGAGCUAUCUUCCAGACUUGUCUUUUGGUAACCUUGUCGACAGUGAUUUGAAAGAUAUUGUUAAAGCCAUGGCAUUGAAUAAUAUUAGUAAUAAGAUCAUAAUUUCAUAUGAUGAAAUAGAGAUUAGAGGAGGAUUAUGUGUGAUGAAAAGUACUGGAAAAGUAAUUGGAUUCACAAAUUGCAAUGAAAAGUCUUUUGAAGAUAUAUAUAACGCAAAAAGAGAAAUUACACCAGACGAUGUUGCUAGUCAUGUGUGCCAGUUUUUUGCAACAACUCUUGACGGUGAGAUGUCUUUUCCUAUUUGUUUUGGUGGUCACAAAUCAAACCAUUAUGAAUUUAUUACAAAGAAAAUGACAGAAAUUAGAGAUCAAUUCAAACGAACUUCUUAUGGAGAUUAUGUUUUAGAGGUGGUUGGAGGUUGUAGUGAUGGAUUAGCUGGUAAUUAUCAAUAUGCAACCUCUCAUACUAAUGAAAAUUAUGUUCACCUUUUUGAUUGGUCUCAUUUGCUCAAACGGUUGAGAAAUCGUUUAUUGAAAGGGGAUGAUUUGAUUAUUGAAAAGGAGAGUUUUUCUAUGAAUACAUUAUUGAAGGUUAGAAAUGAACCCCAACUGCGAGACUGGGUAUCGGAAAAUAUAAUUUACCCAGUCGACAUUAUGAAAAUGGAACCUGUUUUUGCAUUGAUAGAUUCUAAUGUUAUUAGUGGAAUUGAACAAAGCAAGCAAAUAGGAUGUUGUGCAUUAGCAAAAUAUUUAACGUUAAUGCAACAAAUACAUCAAAUUUUUGACGAUGAACGAUGUUCAAACUGGAAUGAGAAAAAACAAUUAAUUGAAUCUGUAUUGAUAACACUUAAGGAAUGGAAAGAUGCGAAUCCUAACAUCAUUAGUGACGAAUUGUAUUCUCAUAUUGUGAUGACUAUGACUUCACUUCGUUCUCUUUUUGAAAAAUAUGGAAACCAUAUUCAAAUUAAGGCUUGUGGAAUUUCGACGUUAAUUGUUGAACAUUUUUUUUCCUUAAUUCGAGGAAAAAUACGAUACCCUAAUUUUCGAGAUUAUUGUGGGAUCUAUCGAGCCGUAUGGAUUGCUUUGAAGACGAAAUUGGCAAAAAAUUCUCCAAUUAAUGUCAAUCAACAAUCAACCACAAAGUGUUAUGGAAAUUGUAACGUACGCUUAGACUAUUCUGAAUUACAUCGAAAACACUAUGUAAAGAAACACAUUCUUCAAGAAGACGAUGAGGAUACUUUGUUAGAGAAAGAUCAAACUAUUUCUGAAGAGAUGUAUGAAUAUGUGCUCGAUGUCACUCAAGAUUUUCUUCCACAGAAAAAUGUAAUGCUGAUACGAGAGUAUUUAUGUAAACAAGCACCAGUCGCGGAUGAUGGAACUAUUAUGAACAAUAUUUUUCUCAGCUGCCCUGAAUGUAAUCAAAUAAUGAUCCGACAACGAUCACUCAUUAAGCACUUACAAUGUCACAAUUAUUCACCUCAGCAAUGCAAAGAUACACUAUACAACACAAUUAUUACUUCACUCAAAUCUCGCCAAUUUGGCCAACAUGUUGAGGGUAUUGUUGAGGAAAUAGCAACCAAAUUGGUAACCAAUACCUUUAAGCAAAUUCGAAUUCGAACAGAACCUGAAUUACCAAAAGAAUCAGUUAUUACAUUUAAUUCAGAAAAAGGAUUAUUUGUUCCAUCUAACGAGAAGCAAUCACAAGCAGAAAAUAUUUCAACAUCAAAUAUCGCCACCAUUGACUCUAUUUCAGAAGAUUCAACUCAAAACAAAUAUGUAUUUUUUGAUUUUGAAACGACUGGAUUAUGGAAGAAUGAUGAUCCACCAAAAAUUACGGAAUAUUGUUUUGUGGACGUUUUGGCUGGAGCUGUUUUGUAUGGCUUAGUUAAUCCUGGAAAAGUGAUUUCUAACCAAGCACAAUCAAUUACAGGACUUAACUUGAAUAUCUUAAGAUCAAAAUUGCCUAUUGAAGGGCAUGUGAAUGAUAUUAUCCAAUUUUUAAACAAUAACUCUCAAGGAAAAACCUACUUAAUAGCUCAUAAUGGAGACCGUUUGGAUUUUAAAGUUUUUGCCAAAGAAUUUUUCGGAAAGUUUUCUGAAUUUAAUCAUGACAAUAUUGUCUUUGUUGAUUCUCUCCGAUUAAUGAAAUCAGAAUCGACUUUACACAAUUGUCUUCCUCGGAAAAUGACAAAGAAAGGGAAAUCUAAACCAGUUUUUGCUGAGGAUGUAUUAAUUGAACACUUUAAUUUAGGAGAUGUCAACAAUUCACAUUGUGCAUUUUAUGAUGCUAUUGGAUUGCUUAAUAUUUUGAUCAAGUUUUAUGGUAAUCUUGACGAUGCAUUAAAAGCUAUCGAGUACUUCAAUACCAACCAACUUAAAAGGAAAAGAGAGAAAAUUAAUGACAGUAAUGAUAAUGAACACAAAGCAAAGAAGAAAGUUGGAUGUAGAUGUAAAAAAGGAAAUUGUUUGAAUUGUAAUUGUGCCAAGCUUGGAAGAAUAUGUGAUGCAACUUGUGGGUAUCUGCCAUCCAAACAUGCCAACAUUGCUGUGCAAUUCAUGCCACAAGCCCUGUUUAUCACUAACUCCAUGCAAGGAUUGUGGCUUGAAAGUAUGUAA